AUGGCCAUGAUCGCGAUCACCCCGAAUCAUAUGAAAAAGGCCAAGACUGUGCUUAAAGCUUUCUGUGAGGCGUGGAAAGCUAUUACUCCCGUCAUCGAGGAUCUCAAGAACAUGGCCAUGAUCGCGAUCACCCCAAAUCAUAUGAAAAAGGCCCAGACCGAAUUUGAAGCUCUCUGUGAGGCGUGGAAAGCUAUUACUCCCGUCAUCGAGGAUCUCAAGAACAUGGCCAUGGUCGCGAUCACCCCGAAUCAUAUGAAAAAGGCCAAGACUGUGCUUAAAGCUUUCUGUGAGGCGUGGAAAGCUAUUGCUCCCGUCAUAGAGAGUCUAGGGAAAUUCGAGAAUCUCAAGAACAUUACUGUCACCCGGGAAGCAGGGCUGUUACAAUGA